AUGAAUGUUAAAAAUGAAACAAAAUGGCAUUGUAAUCAACGUCAAUAUGAAAAACCUAUUAGGUGUACUGACUCAUUUUUUGAUAUAGAAGAGUACGAAUCUGUUGUUGUUGAUGCUGUGAAAAUUGCUGUGGGAACUGAUGCGGAAAUUGCUGUAGAAAUUGCUGCGAAUAUUGCUGUUGAAAUUGCUGCACAGAUGGAUGUUCUUAUACGACAGAGUGAAACCCGCGCAGAAAUAUUGACGCAAAUCCUACCUAAAAUAAUAACUAACCCUAAUUAA